AUGACUCAAAUUUUGCAACAACAGCAGCAGCAGACAUUUCACAAUUUCGAUGCAAAGAAUAACAGUGCUGUUUCAGCAGGACCGCGUAAGAAUGUGGCUCCUCCAUCACCUCAAAUGUCUCAGGAUGAUCUGGUUCGCAAUUUGGGCAUCAUGGAUAAGCAUGAGAUCAGCCCUACUACAUCAAUUGGCUUACUGUCGCCUUCUGUAUGUGAAUCGCCCAAACAUCAAACAUCAGGUGAGGCGAUGGAGGUAGUAGAGGAUGAAGAAGAAAUUAUGAAUGACAUUACACUUCUGAUGUACAUGGAGCUCAUGGAUCUCAUUUACUGGGAGAUUCCUGGCCGCAGUGGUAUCAUACUUGUUGGCAUCUUUUCCAGUCUCAUAUUGACUCAUUACUAUUCAUUGCUCUAUGUAUUCGCUGCAUCGCUUACAAUUUUGACUGGAUUCAAUUUGAUAUUCGUCAAUGCUUACAAUGCGAUUCGCACCGUUUGGACAGGACUACCAACCAAUGAGUUUCUGCAUCCUUAUCACAUUCAUAUUCGCCAACAGCGCUCCAAGUUAAUACCACGCGACAUCAUUGACUAUUACGUUCACAAAUCAGUGGACAUCUUAGAGCUGGUUGCACAACAAACAGCUAAAAUUGUGUUUGUAGAAGAUACAAAGAUAACUGGUUUAGCUUGCUUGGUAUCAGCCGUGAUUUACUUAUUGACUAGCCUUAUUCCAACGAAGGUCUUCUUUGGCCUCCUUGUAAUGGCCUUGUUCACGGUACCUUAUUUCUAUGAGAAAUAUCAAGAUAUAGUAGAUGAACAGUUGCAAUUACUGCAAGAAAAGUUUCAGACCUUGAUGGACAAGUAUGGCACCGUUGCCCGUCAACAUGCCACUGUUUAUACAAAGCAAGUCGUGGGCGCUAGCGUUGGUUUGGGUGGCAUGUUGCAGCAGCAAAUCCAAAACCUCAAGGUAAAAACCGGUAGUGGUGUUAGUACUACUGCAACAGAAACAGGUAAUGACUCUGUUGACACGAAAACGGAAGAGCAAUAG